AUGGCGGAAGAGAUCAAGAAGCCAGCGAACAACGACGACGGCGUUGACAAGUCGCCCAUCAGCCCGCUGGAAAGACGCAACAGUCUCGAAAAGCACCUCCAAACCCGUCCUGAACACCAAGACCUCAAGAAUCGCCACAUCCUCCUCGACACCACCGCCGCCCCCGCCCUGCAGGCCCGCGCGGCCGAGCUGGAGCGGCAACGCAUCACCGACAACCUGAAGAAGGGCCUGUCUAAGCGGCCGGAGAAGGAUGAAUUGGUGAACAAGAAUAUCCUCGGCGACAGCCGGGCGGCGCCGGCGCUGCACGAGAAGCAGAGGGAGUUGGAGCGGACGAUGCGCAAGGACAGCUUGGAGAAGGCUGUUGCUUCGCGGCCGGGGAGGGAUGAUUUGGUGGGGAGGGGGGUGUUGAAGGAGGGAGAGACGGAGGAGCCUGUGGCUGAGGAGAACAAGUGA